UGCCAGAUCCAGCCACUGAGCGAAACCAACCUGCAGCGCCCACCGCCCAGCGUGUGUUGCAACUGUAGCCGCCAUGGAUGAGUACAAGCCGUUCGCGGCCAUGGUGGUGAUGCAGUGCAUCUACGUGGCCCUGGCGCUGUGGUCCAAGGCGGCAUUCACCGGCGGCAAGCCCCUAGUGUUCGUCAUCUACAGGCAGGCUGUCACCACCGUCGUCCUCAUCCCUAUCGUUAUUGUCGCUGCCAGGAAGAAGAUGACGGAGACGAUGACGGGCCUUGGAAUCGUAGGAUUCUCGUCGUUGGUCUUCAUCGCGUCUCUUAUCGGGGCAACGGUGAAUCAGUGUCUGUACUACCAAGGGGUGCAUCUGGGUUCGUCAUCCAUGGCGACGGCCAUGACCAACUUGAUUCCUGCCAUCACCUUCGUCAUGGCAGCAUCAGUCGGCCUUGAGAAGGUGGAAGCGAGGAGACCGAGGAGCCUGGCCAAGAUAUUCGGCACGUGCGUCUGCGUCGGCGGCGCCAUGGCCAUGGCCUUCUUCAAGGGCCCGAAGCUGCUCGGCGACCUGCAGGUUCUUCUCCACUUGCCGGCGGGAAGCAACAGGUGUGUGGUGGGCGCGCUGUUCCUCGUGGGCAGCAGCUCCUGCUCGUCGCUCUGGCUCAUCCUGCAGGUGCCCAUCUGCAAGUCCUACGUGGACCCUCUGGCGCUGUCGGCGUGGAUGUGCCUCCUGUCCACGCUGCAGUACGCGCUCUUCCUCCAGCCGGACCCGGCCGCCUGGCGGACCCACUCGCUCUUCGAGCUCUCCUGCUACCUCUUCUCGGGCGUGUUCGGGUCGGGCGUGACGUUCUACCUGCAGUCGUGGUGCAUCUCGGUGAGGGGCCCGCUCUACUCGGCCAUGUUCAACCCGCUCUGCACCGUCAUCACCACCGUGUUCGCGGCGGUCGUGCUCCGGGAAGAGCUGCACGUCGGCAGCUUGUUGGGGGCGUUCGCCGUCAUCGCGGGGUUGUACGUCGUGCUGUGGGGCAAGGCGGGCGACGGGGUCAAGAGAGGGAGGGAGCCGGAGCAAGCGGACGAUCUGGAGAAGACGAUGACCCGGUCGGAUUCGAUGCUCGACGCCGGCAACGGCAUCGUCGAGCCGCUCCUGCUGGCGGACGCCGCCGGUCCAGUGGAGAAGUAGAGAUGCCCUGUCUCAAGGAUCACCACACGGUUGCGUCAGCAGAUUCGGGGUGAUUGUACCAUUGGUGCAGUGCGGUGCACUCCCAUUUUUUGUCAUGGAGUUUGGGUGGUCACGUUUGACCUGCAUGCUUAUCAAAAUGUGCCGAGCCGCUUAGGGGCGGACCCAGAGAUGGUCCAGGCCCGGGCUGCUGCAGGGGAACUAGGCUAGCGCUAGCUUCUUGUGCCUUUUAUUUGCCUUGAGCUGAGAUCUAGCCUACAUAGUCAUACGGACGAUCUUGGGAUGGACCUGGGAUGCAGCCCCCAGCCCGGAUCCUAGAUCCGCUCCUUCGCCGCCCGCCACCGGCCCACCGCCGCGGCGUCCACGUUGACUGUCCACUCCAGAGCAGCUUUGUGGCAUUCGUGCGUGCUAUGGCGUGUUUGGGUCUGUAGCGUUUGGGCCUACUACUACUAGCGGCUGACAUCACAAGCCUAGCAUACCUUCCCUAGCUCACAAAAAGGACGCCUGUCAGCCCGUGUGGUCCGAUCAAUAUCAGGGCGACCUUUCAAACUAGGUCAAGAGCUUGAGCUACUGGAUUAAGCUCGGCUUGUUGACACAUGGUUUAUAAUAUUUUUGGAAA